AUGCCUUUAAAAAGUUCCGGAAAGUUCAAUCAUAAAAUAUCCCAAGCUUGUAUUCAAUUCAGAAAAUAUUAUAGCCGAGAUGUCCUCCCUAUGAGUGAAGUAAAAUUAAUAAAAAAUAAGAAUAAUGCAGACUCAAAAUCCGACAAAAGUUCAGAAAAAACUAUCUUACGGGAUUCAGAAGAAUUGAGAGUAAAUGAUGUGAAUAUUCAAAUGAUAUCUAAAAAUAUUUAUGACCAAUUAUUUAGUCAAUCUCACGCUAGCAUAGAUAGUAAUGUAAUUAAAAGUUGCCAAAAUCAUCUUUUACAUCAUGGAAUAGACUACAAUAAUUUUACUAGGCUUCCUGAUGUACAAUUAAAACUGCCUAAAUUAGAAGGGUCAGAUAUUGUUGAACAUUUUUAUUAUAUAGGAGAAAAACAAUGUGCUCCAUAUAGGAAAUUGUUGCAGUAUUUGGCUUUGAGUAGGAUUCCACAACCACCCCAGGUAUGGUCCAAAAAUGCAGGCUGGACCAAGUACACGGCUCAGGGAUCACAAUCAGUGCCAUGCCCACAGGAUGAUAGUUUAAUUUUUGAUGUAGAAGUUCUGAUGUCAGCUGGUAAAAGGCCAACCCUUGCUAGUGCUGUUUCACCUGAAGCUUGGUAUAGCUGGGUGAGUGAGCCUCUCGCAAGUGAUACAUCCCACGAACAUUACUCUGAAGUGAAUUACACCGAUUUAAUACCAAUGGAGACUGAUGGUUUAACGCCAUGUGGAGAUUUAACGAGACCAAGAAUAAUAGUAGGUCAUAACGUAUCGUAUGACAGAGCAAAGAUCAAAGAGCAGUAUUGGAUGGACCGGACAGGCGUACGUUUCAUGGACACAAUGUCUAUGCACACGUGUGUCAGCGGAGUGACCAGCUAUCAGAGGACAGUGCUGAAGGCCAAAAAUAAGGAACCCGACCCCACCGACGAAGACUGGAUCGGCAUCAGCUCAUUGAACAGUUUGACCGAGGUCCACAAGCUGUACUGCGGAGUCGCAGUGGACAAACAGAGACGCGACGUGUUCGUGGAGGGCAGGCUGGAGGAUGUGCGGGGCCACUUCCAAGCGCUGAUGAGCUACUGCGCCGCCGACGUCAUCGCCACGCACAACGUUCUCAAGGAGCUGCUGCCCUUGUUCCUCGAGCGCUUUCCGCACCCCGUCACCUUGGCCGGCAUGCUGGAGCUAGGUUCGGCUUAUCUACCGGUGAACUCUAACUGGACACAGUACGUCGAUUCAGCGGAAGCGGUGUUCGACGACUAUAAGCUCGAGUCGCAGCAAUUGUUAACUCUGAAAGCCGACGAAGCUUGUCGCCUCAUGGAAAACGAAGCCUACAAAAAAGACUUGUGGAUGUGGGACCAAGACUGGUCGACGCAGAUGUUAAAAUUGAAGAAAUCAAAAGGCAAAUAUAGUAAUCGUUUUGAGCCAAAUAAUAGAACACCAAAAGAGAAACAGACGCACGAGGCAUCGGAUACGUUAUCGUUAGAUUAUAUUGAAACUUUGGUAAAGGCCGAAGAAAUGAAUGAAUCUAAAGAAAAAUUUGACGAUUUCACAAACAAGUUUGAAUACUUGUUCGACUUAAAAGCUAUGUUGCCGGUAAAAAGGCCUCACUUGGCCGGAUACCCAACUUGGUACAGGAAGCUGUGCACGAAGCCUGGUAGAGAUCCCGAUUGGGUACCGGGAGCCAACAACAUCACGACUAGUAUGCAGAUUACACCGAAGCUUCUUCGCCUAUCCUGGGAAGGAUAUCCUCUUCACCACAUCCCGGGAGAGGGAUGGGGAUUCCUCGUCCCUUUUAGCAAGAGCGGGGGCGACGUCCCGGAAGGACACCCCCGGAUCCCUUUAGAAGGCUUGCUGGAAACCUGUCCUUUGGCUAAUCCCAAGGAGGCCGAGGUCAAUACUGAACUUUACGUUCUUCCCAAGACGGUGGAGGAGGACCUGUCGAGGCGGGCGUAUUUCGCGAGAAAGGCCAAAGAAGAGCGAGCAGCCGCCAAUCAGUAUCACGGCUUGGGCGUAUGGACUGGACUCGAAAUACAAGGGUGUUGCCAUUUCCUGCGUCUGCCUCACAAAGACGGCCCCAAGUACAAAGUGGGCAAUCCCUUGGCUCGGGACUUCCUCGACAUGUUCAGUCAAAACGUUCUGUCGGCCCAGGGAAACGACGCAGAGAAGGUUCUGACGUUCGGGCGGAUGAUGUCCUACUGGCGAAAUAAUCGAGAGCGAGUGAUGGGUCAGCAGGUGGUGUGGCUACCUCGGGAGUGUCUUCCGGAGCACCUGCGGAGCUCGCUCCGCAGAUUCGGCGCCAUCGUGCCUCAGGUCGUGGCCUGCGGCACCCUCACCAGGCGGGCCAGCGAACCGACGUGGAUGACCGCUAGCAACGCGCGACCGGAGCGUAUCGGGUCGGAGUUGCGAGCCAUGGUGCAGGCCCCGCCCGGCUACCGCUUCGUCGGCGCCGACGUGGACUCCCAGGAGCUGUGGAUAGCCGCUCUGCUGGGCGACAGCGGCCUCGGCGUCUGCGGCGGCACGGCCUUCGGUUGGGCGGUUCUGGCCGGCGACAAGAGGUCGCAGACGGACCUGCACUCCCUGACCGCCAGCGCCGCGAACAUCAACCGAGAUCACGCCAAGGUCAUCAAUUACGCGAGGAUAUACGGUGCCGGUCAAAACUUCGCGGAACGACUUUUAAAACAGUUCAAUCCGACGAUGACAAUUUCGGAAGCGAAGAGCAAAGCCGCCAAAAUGUUCACCACCACCAAAGGCCGACGGGUCUACACUCUUCACGAGAAAUAUUCUGCCGGGCUGUUGGACCCGGACGACUGCCAGCAGGACGUGAAAAUGUCCGGCCGAGAUGCGGGGCGCCUCGCGAAGAUGAGCGGCAAGCGGCUCGACGAGAUGUUCGGUAGGGCGCGGUGGGCGGGCGGCACCGAGUCCGAUAUGUUCAACAAACUGGAAGAGAUCGCGGAUUCCGAAGCUCCCCAGACUGCGUUCCUGGGCGGGCGGCUGUCCCGCGCCCUGGAGAUGGCGGGCGGCAAGUGGGGUGGCACCCGCCUCAACUGGGCCGUGCAGAGCGCCGCCGCGGACUUCCUGCACCUGAUGCUCGUCAGCAUGACUCACUUGGCGCCCGAGGCCAGGUUCUGCCUGAGUUUCCACGACGAAGUCCGAUACCUGGUGCCCGAAAAAUAUAAAUAUGAGACCGCUCUGGCGCUGCAGAUCACCAAUUUGUUCACGAGAGCGUUUUGUUCGCAGAGAGUAGGCAUAAGAGACCUACCGAUGUCGGUGGCCUUUUUUUCGUCCGUGGAAGUAGAUAGAGUGCUGCGAAAAGAUUCAAAUCAAAGCUGUGUAACUCCAUCGAACCCCCACGGCUUAGAAAAUGGAUAUGGGAUACCCGAUGGCGAAUCUCUUACCAUUUUUGAUAUACUUAAGAAUGUAAAAUAG